AUGCCAACAAGCACCAACACUGUCCGCAUUCAAUCAUCAGCUGAAUUGACCCCAGAAGUUCUCAAGAGCCUUAACAAUCACUUGAGCACUCUCGAACCACGCGAAAUCCUUGAAUGGGCUAUUGACCACUUGCCCAACUUGCACCAGACUACUGCCAUGGGAUUGACUGGCCUUGUAUCGCUUGAUUUGAUUAGCAAAAUCAGCAUUGAUCGUGAACAACCCCACUUGGUGCCAUUGAUUUUCUUGGAUACGCUUUAUCAUUUCAAUGAAACGCUUGAUCUCGUUCGCCGCUGCGAGCAAGUAUACGAUGUCAAGUUCCACAUUUAUAAACCCCUCGACUGCGAGACUGCACAAGAAUUUGAAAAAGAGCAUGGCCAACAUUUGUGGGAAGUUGAUGAAGCAACAUACGAUUUUCUCGUCAAGGUUGAGCCUGCACAGCGCGCCUACCAACAACACAACGUGCAAUCAGUGAUCACAGGACGUCGCCGCAGCCAAAAAGGCGACCGUGAAAACAUUCCCAUUCUUGAAGUCGACUCCACUGGUCUCAUUAAGCUUAACCCUCUUGCACUUUGGGACUUUAAGCAAGUAUGGACCUACAUUCGUGCCAAUGAAGUCCCCUACAAUGCUCUCGUCGACGAAGGUUAUCGAUCCAUUGGCGACUGGCACUCUACCAAGAAGCCUAUGAGCGAAGAUGAUGAACGAUCAGGCCGUUGGAGUGGCAAGCAAAAGACAGAAUGCGGUUUACAUCAAGAUUAUUUCAAGAUGCGUGCUGCUUUUGUGGCUGCAAAGAAGAAGAAAGAACAACAAGCUGCUGCUCGUGCUGCUAAUACUCACACUGCUACGCCCGUUGCCGUUGCUUCCACCUCGUAA